UCAGAUAUUAAUGCACGGAUCUACCGGUGGUAGGUAUACAUGCAAUCACGUGAUGCUAUCAAUUUGAUAUACGACAGUGGAGCGUCAUACGGCGGUGUUGUACGGUGCGUGCGACAGGUACACUCGACCGUCAACUGGCAUCCUCGCAUAACCAUCCAGCCGAGAAGAGAAGAGACAGAUAUAUCAACACAUGAGGAUCGAUCGAUCACCCGAGCCGUACUCCAACCACAGCGACCUCUCACGCGCCUAAUAUUUGUCGAGUUUGGUUGUGUCGAGUUUCAAGUUCAGUACAAGGUCACUGAGGCAAGUCGGACAGGUUGUCCCUCGUCUUUGGCUUUGCAGAGUAGAGAAGAGACGGUACACACAACCAGCCUUCAUCAAGCUAGAGUCCAAAUGAUGCAGAUCGGUAUGGAGCAGGGCUGGUCUCCAGCCCGACCGACCAACACGGAUAGCUGUGCCGCCGAGUACCGCGGCUAUGCCACGGCCACUGCCGCAGUCAACGGCUUGUACGCCGCCACCAACCGCCCCCGUAGUAGCUGCAGCUCACUGAGCGUCAGCCCGGACCAGGCCGUUGCCUACCCGUACCCUACCUCGUGUUAUACCUCGGAGGCUACACUGACACACACGGACGACUUGUCACCGGUUGGUGGGGGAGCAUGGACCGGGCCUGAUCGGCAAUUCACCCAUCACCAUCAACCCCGACCGUCCUAUCACCACAACGGGUUUAGUAAAGCUCCGUUCCUAACCGCAGUAUCAGCAGCUUCUGGAGCCACGCAUCCACACGCUCACCAGCAACAGUACCUAACAAGUAAUGGGUUCGGCUCCAGCUACGGUUUUCACAACUCACCCUACCCACUUGACAUGACAGGUGGUGCCUCUUCCUGCAGUUUGCUUGCCACGUUCACAACCACACCCAGACGAACCAAGCGACGGCCCUACUCCAAGUUCCAGAUCUACGAGUUGGAGAAGGAGUUCCAGGCCAAUAUGUACCUGACGCGGGACCGGCGCACCAAGCUCUCCCACUCGCUCAGUCUCUCCGAACGCCAGAUCAAAAUCUGGUUCCAGAACAGACGGAUGAAACUCAAGAAGAUCUCUGAGAAGGAGAAGAAGGGAACGGGGUCGGAGUCGAGCAAAAAGAAGCAGACGCCUAUCGUGUCUAGUCCGCUUCAUCAUCAACAGCAGCAGCAGCAACACACGGGGAGCCACGCUCACGGUGCCCAGCACGGACUGAACGGCCUAUCGCACCAUCACCAUCAGCACCCGGCACAUUCAGGGGCGAUCACACACAGCAACGGACUGGACCGGUGAACAACCGCGUACAACCAUAGGACACACUCAGACUGGUUGUGCUAUUCGUUUCUUCAGACUUUAAGGUGUAUAUAUACGUGUAGUUUUCAGCAACUGUUUUAGAAGUGGCUCCGUGUCAUUGGACUAGUGACUGAGAAGUUGUGAAUAAUUUAAACUCAUGUAGAAAAACACGUGGAUUAGGUGUUUUUUUGGUAUUUCCUUUGGGUUUCUAGAAAGAGUUAUGGAUCGCUGUUUGCCUUCAAAGACUAGUGUUCAAAGACACUGUCUUUCAUGCAAAAAAUAGGUAAGAACAACUAAUAAGAUCCCCCCCUUCUUUUUAAAGGCAUUAUUCAAUUUACGGACACAGUUGUUGUGUAAAAGGAGAGACCUUUGUCUUUUUGACAAUUUCAAAAAUACACACCGUUUUGGGUGACGCCAUACAUGUCUCUGCCUGAAUGCAGCCGUGCAAGUCCCUUACAAUUUGGUCAGGGGAAAAUAAGGAAUCCAACCAAGAAUGGAAUCGCAAUUAAUCUUUCAAAUUAUCCACACUAUAUGGGGAGAUACAUGGCUAUGUAAUCCGUGUUGAAGUGUCCGUAUUACAUGUAUAUAUAGGAAAACAGUUUUUUCUGAUUAUUUCACCAAUCGAUUUGAAAUUGCUUUGUCUGGAAAAUUGAACAAAAUCAGCAUGAACAUGUACAUUGAUUUGUUUCAUUGUUAUAAGGGAAGGUGAUUGGUAUUAACCACUUCUUAUGUCCUUGCGUUUUUCUCAGCAUUGGUAUCGAGUAAAAAUUAAUAUAGUCGUGCACUAUUUUUUUUAAUUACCUGGGUUUUGUAUAGUGCAGUCUUCAUGACAACUAUACAUACAUGUAUAGCAGUCGUUCGUCAAUACACGUUCGUCAGUCUGUUUACAACUCAGAAUAUAAAGAUAGCAACAGACAACAAAAAGAACAAACUGACAUUUAAUCUCAAGCACUCACUAUUAAGUUUAAUCGUCCAUGCAUGAUAACCCUAUAAGCAGGAACGACAUAAGACGCUUAAAGUCGGUGGCUAUUUCCCCUCCUUUCUUUGGUAGGAAGACACAAUGUUUAGGGAAAAGUUGAAGUCUUGAUGUCGAUGUUUGGUAUACCUGUACAUGUAUACAUGUGACUGACGAAUUCAUUCAGUUGUUAUCCAGGGGCGGAUCCAUGCGGGGGUGGCUAACCACCUUCAGACUGACUAAUGCUAAUUAUUUACAUAGGGGGAAAUGUCAGUUUCCUUAAUUUCCCUGAAUACUGAAUAACGUCAUAACUCAAAAAAAAAAUGCAAAUCGUGAUUUAUUACUUUGGACACUUUGGUCAUUUGUAUGCGUUGACUUCAACGCCCCAUCUAAUCCAACCCCCUCCCCCCUAAAAAAAA